AUGGAGGCCCAGGCGUGGGCUUGGCGGCUGUACUUGCUGCUGGUGUGCGUGAGUCUUGCGGCCCCGGCGUGGGCGGCCAGAAGGAGGGGCGGAAGGAAGGGGCGCAAGAAGGCAGAGACAAGGACGCCGCCCACCCCGCCCGCGUCUGCUGCUCGGAACGCGUCCGGGGCUCCCUACGUGGACCAGCUGGACGCUCUGCUGGCGGACCUGGGGGGCGACGCCGCCGCGCUCUUCAAGCGCCAGAGCUGCCCCUACGCCAGGCCGCCGAGUCCGCCGCAGCUGUGCCCUGUCCCCCAGCCGUGCCCGGUCGCGCGCCCGGUUGUCCAGCCGAUCGCGCUGCCGACUGCACGCCCGAUCGUGCUGCCGACUGCACGCCCGAUCGUGGUGCCGACUGCACGCCCGAUCACGCUGCCGGCCCCGCAGUGCCCUUCGUGCCCUCUGCCUCCGCCGUGCCCCGCCUGCCCCUCGCAGCCGGCCGUAUGCCCCCGCGGUCCCGCAGGGCCCCCCGGCGCACCCGGGCCCCCUUGCACCGGCCCCCCAGGUAGGCCCGGCCCCCCCGGCAUCGGCGCGCCGGGCCCUCCGGGGCCGCCCGGCCUCACAGCCAGCUGCAGCGGCGGCGGGUGCGCGGCCGCGACCAGCUGCGGCAACGACAGGUGGUUCAGCGCCAUCAUCCAGAUGGUCCAAAGCAACCGGUGCUGCGGAAACGACUGCCAGGAAGAGGACGAGGAGUGCCCCUGGGACAUCAGCCUGCUGGUCUCCAAGUACCUGGUGGUGAGGGACCAGAUCGACCUGAUCACCAAACUCGACACGCGAAUCGACCUCCUCGUGGCCGCCAUCUUCCGCAUGCGUCUGGCUGUCGAGGGAGCGUACGAGAUGGUGGGCGAGCCCGGGGAGCCCGGCGAGGAGGGCGACCCCGGGGCCAAGGGCGACCGCGGCCCCACCGGCGAGCCGGGACGCUGCCCGGGCUCCAGCUGCCUCGUGGGCCCCGCGGGCGACCCGGGUCCUCCCGGCAGCCCCGGCGACAAGGGCCGGAAGGGCGACUGCUGCUACGGCACGCCCGGGGAGCGAGGGCGCAAGGGCGACGCCGGCCGCGGCAUCCCCGGCGACCGCGGGCCUUCGGGGCUCCGAGGCGACAAGGGAGAGCUCGGCAGAGCCAUGCUGGGCUACGCGGGCGAGUUCGGGCUGGCCGUCGAGACAAGCAGCAGCCUGAGCAGCAGCAGCAGCCUGAGCAGCAGCAGCAGCCUGAGCAGCAGCCGCCUGAGCAGCAGCAGCCUGAGCAGCAGCAGCGGCAGUCUUCUCCGGGGAUGA